GCGAUGGCGGAAGUCGGAGAAAGCUCGGGCGCAAAAUCCCCUCAAGAAAUCUGGGCAAAGCUCGUUCCAUCUGACUCAAGACAUUCAGAUGUUGAGAUCAAGUCCGACGAGAUUGUCAUAUGCUCGGUGAUCAGGCUGUCGUCUUUUGACGAGCAUGCAUGGUGCACAAUCAAAAGAAAUUCGGAUUUGUGUUCUGCUACUUUGCAAAAUAAGAGUUCAACUGCAAUCCUUGCUGAUGAGGCUGUUAUUCACAAUGGGGACACUAUCGAUAUUAGGUGCGGAAGUGAAAUUAUACCUGGUCCUGAUAGAGAAGGGUAUUUGAGAUACAGAUUCAAAGUAAUGCCCAGACCUGAAACCAGUCAGAAGCAAUUAAAGAUAUGCAUAGAUGUUGAUCAUGCAAAAUGCAGCAUUUGCUUAAGUGUAUGGCAUGACGUUGUCACUGUUGCUCCUUGCUUUCAUAACUUCUGCAAUGGAUGUUUCUCGGAAUGGCUAAGGAGAUCACAAGAGAAACGUUCAAGUGUUCUUUGUCCUCAAUGUAGAGCAGUUGUACAAUUUGCUGGAAGAAACCACUUUUUGCAUUACAUUGGGGAGGAUAUACUGAAAGCUGACUCUUCUCUAAAACGUUCUGAUGAAGAAGUUGCAACUUUAGAUUCAUGUGCAUCAAUACAAUCAAAUCUCGUCAUUAAGAGUGGAAAAAAGUUGGGCAGGAAAAGGUCUUAUUCACCAUUGCAUGAAGAUGAUCAUAGCGUAGAACUUCCAUGCCCUCAAUGCGGUACUGAAUCUGGCGGAUUUCGCUGCGACCAUAACACUAUACAUUUACAAUGUCAUGCAUGUGGAGGAAUGAUGCCUUCCCGACCACCCGCAACUACUGUACCACAGCACUGUUUGGGGUGUGAUCGGGCAUUUUGUGGUGCUUAUUGGCAUGCUCAUAGAGUGACAGGAACGGGUUCGCAUGCUAUGUGCAGGGUCGAGACUUUUCAACCAAUCUCAGAACGUACUAUCUCUAGAAUUCCAUUUUGGGCACAUGAAAAGAAUCGGCAUGAGCAAGAUAUCACAGAGAAGUGUAUAAGACAGAUGGGCAGAACAUUGCAGGAUGUUAUUACAGAAUGGAUUACAAAGUUUAACAACCGAGAGAUUGAUCGGACGAGGAUGCCACUUAAUCAUGCUGAGAGGAUUACAUCUGGGACCCAUCUAUGCAAUGAUUGUUACGAGAAAUUGGUCUCAUUUCUGUUGUAUUGGUACCGGAUAUCAAUGCCUAAAAAUCUUCUCCCGCCGGAUGCAUUGGCAAGGGAAGAUUGCUGGUAUGGAUACGCAUGCCGGACGCAGCACCACAACGAAGAACACGCCCGCAAAAGAAAUCACGUCUGCCGUCCAACUAGGGGUUCUAACUUCUAACACCUAAUAAUAUGAUAUACAUUACAUACUUUUUAUUGUUAGGUCUGUUUC